GUCAGGUCCCUCGACGUCAGCAUCGCCCACAAUGCCGGAAACAUUGAGCACCAAGGACCAUUCCUUGUUUCGUCAAGUGGUUCACCACUUUGAGAUGAAACAAUAUAAGAAAGGCAUCAAGACAGCAGACCAGGUUCUUCGCAAAAAUCCCAAACAUGGCGACACACAAGCCAUGAAGGCUCUGAAUAUGAGCCAGAUAGGGCAAUUGGAGGACGCCUUUGCGCUCGCCAAGAAGGCUCUCCAGAAUGAUAUGAAGUCGCAUAUCACCUGGCACGUCUACGGGUUGCUAUUACGCCAGGAGAAGAACUACGAGGAGGCAAUCAAAGCAUACCGAUUUGCUCUGCGCCUCGAGCCUGAAUCGCAACCUAUUCAGCGCGAUCUGGCACUGCUCCAGAUGCAGAUGCGGGAUUACCAGGGAUAUAUUCGGAGCCGCAGUGCGAUGCUGCAGACCCGUCCAGGCUUCCGCCAGAAUUGGACAGCGCUCGCGAUCGCUCAUCAUUUGGCCGGAGAUUUGGCAGAGGCCGAGAAGGUUCUGACUACCUACGAGGACACAUUGAAGGGUGCCAUACCACAUGUCGCCGAUAUGGAGAACUCGGAGGCCAUCUUGUACAAGAACACUAUCAUUGCGGAGACUGGAAACCUCGAGAGAGCUCUAGAGCACCUCGAGGCUGCUGGAUACCGAUGCCUUGAUGUGCUUGCAGUCAUGGAGAUGAAGGCAGAUUAUCUUUUGCGACUGGACCGCAAGGCCGAUGCGGAGGCGGCAUAUGCAGCUCUCCUGGAGCGCAACCCAGACAACUCGAUCUACUACAAUGGCUUGAUCAAGGCAAAGGGCAUCCCCGAAAGCGACCACAAGGCAUUGAAGGCUCUAUACGAUGGGUGGGUGGAGAAAAACCCCCGCUGUGAUGCUGCUCGUCGCAUUCCUCUCGAUUUCUUAGAAGGUGAGGAUUUCAAGCAGGCUGCUGACGCCUAUCUGCUGCGCGGGCUGAAGAAGGGUGUUCCUUCGUUAUUCGUGAACAUCAAGCAGCUUUACAUUGACCCGGCCAAGCGUGACGUGGUACAAGAAUUGGUCGAAGGAUAUCUCUCCGAGAAGGUAUCGAACGGCUCCGCGGAGUCGAAUGGGGACAACACCGAGUUCUUGUCAUGCACAUACUACUUCCUGGCUCAACACUACAACUAUCACCUCAGCCGCAACCUCCCCAAGGCCAUGGAGAACGUUGAGAAGGCCAUUGAACUGUCACCCAAGGCUGUUGAAUAUCAGAUGUCUAAGGCACGGAUCUGGAAGCACUACGGAAACCCAGAGAAGGCAGCAGAAGAGAUGGAGAAGGCUCGAAUGCUUGAUGAGAAGGAUCGCCAUAUCAACACCAAGGCGGCCAAAUACGUGCUCCGAAACAACGAUAACGAGAAGGGUCUGGAACUUAUGAGCAAGUUCACUCGCAACGAGACUGUCGGUGGCACAUUGGGUGAUCUCCACGAGAUGCAGUGCACUUGGUUCUUGACCGAGGAUGCCGAGGCGUUCCUCCGACAGAAGAAGAUUGGUCUUGCCCUGAAGCGCUUCCACUCGGUUUAUAACAUCUUUGAUACCUGGCAGGAGGAUCAAUUCGACUUCCACGGCUUCUCUCUCCGCAAGGGAAUGAUCAGGGCCUACGUGGACAUGGUGCGCUGGGAAGACCGCCUGCGUGAGCACCCCUUCUACACAAGAAUGGCUCUCGGAGCCGUCAAGGCCCAUCUACUUCUCCACGACCAGCCGGAUCUUGUGCACGGACCGAUGCCCAGCGCAAGCAAUGGAAUUGAUUCUACCGAUGAGAAUCAGAGGAAGAAGGCUCUCAAGAAGGCCAAGAAGGAGCAGCAGCGCUUGGAAAAGAUCGAGUCUGACAAGCGCGCAGCAAGGAAAGCGGCUGCGGCUACCGCCAAGAGUGCGGAUGGAGAGACCAAGAAGGAAGAUUCCGAUCCUCUGGGCAACGCCCUGGUCCAGACUCAGGACCCUCUGAAGGAUGCCAUGAAGUUCUUGACACCGUUGCUUGAGUGCAGCCCCCAGAACGUCGAAGCCCAAUGCGUCGGCUUUGAGGUCUACUCCAGACAGAACAAGCAGCUCCUUGCCGUCAAGUGCCUUGCGGCCGCCCAUUCCAUCGAUCCCUCCAAUCCCACUCUUCACCUUCAAUUGCUUCGCUUCCGCAAGUCUCUCGAGAGCCUUGCCGAGCCUCUUCCUGAGAAGGUUGCCGAGGUUGUCAAUGCCGAAUUUGACAAGCUUCUUCCAAAGACCCAGAAGCUCGAAGAGUGGAACGAGUCAUACCUCUCGGCCAACAAGGGCAGUGUCGCACACGUGCAGGCUGGCCUGUCUGGUCGUCAACUCCUGAACCCUGAAUCUAAGUCGCAGUGCGAGCAAGACCUACUUGCUACCCUCGAUUCCCCCGAUAUCACUAUCGACGAGGCUGUCAUUGCUUUGGACAUUCUGACCAAGUGGGGCAGUGAUAAGACUGCUUACGCCGAGAAGGCGAACAAGAAGUGGCCUGAGUCUUCGGUCUUUGUGCUGAAUUGA